CGCGUGUAUUUGCUAAAAAUCAAGCAAACAUUAGCGCGUGGGUGUAGUUGCCCUAAUUAUACGUGGCAUGAAUUGUAUCGUAUACUACGACGGCCAAAUUUUUGACUUAUUUAAAGACGGAAGCCGUAAGGUCCGAAACUACACUUCACUUCUUAUUGACUGAUUUUUUGACCUAAUUUUAUCCUCAAAAAUGACGAUCUCCGCUGUUUCAAAAAAGAAAAGGAGAACCUCCUCUACGUCGCAGAUGAAAGACGAAGAGGCAAGAAACUGGGCGGAUCUUCCGUCGGAGUUGACGUAUUUGAUCCUGAUCCGUCUUAGCGGAAUUGAUAUACUGGACAACGCUCAGAAGGUGUGCAGGCAGUGGCGAUGCGUAUGUAAAGACCCUUCGAUGUGGCAGAAAAUCGACAUGAGAAGCCGGAUCAGAAACGAGAGAAUGCUCGACCGCUUAGCUAGCAUGUGCCGUCACGCCGUUGAUCGCAGCCAGGGUGGUUUGGUCGAAAUCCACGUUGGGAGCUUCGCCAGUGAUGAUCUCCUCGACUACAUCGCAGAUAGAUCAAGGAAUCUGAGAAGUCUUGGACUUGGAAUGUGCUUUCCAAGGGCGACGAACCCAGGACUUGUGGACACAAUCACAAAACUUCCAUUGCUUGAAACCCUCGAGGUCUCACACUCAUGUUUAAUUCUGGAUUUCAAAGCUAUAGGUCAGGCUUGCCCACAGCUAAAGACAUUCAAGUUAAACUCCUCAGGGCGUUUCUGGAGCUCUCGCAACUUUCGCAACUCUCGCAAUGAUGAUUAUUAUGCCCUAGAAAUCGCUGAAAGCAUGCCAGAACUACGCCACCUCUACCUUUAUGGGAACAAACUAAGUGACAUAGGCUUGAACGCCAUUCUUAACGGUUGUCCUCACCUGGAACACCUCGAGUUACAUAAGUGUUUCAAGCUUAAACUUGUCGGAGAUCUGGAGAAGCGAUGUUAUGAGAGGAUCAAAUAUUUUAGACACACCAAUAAAUGAGUCAACCUUUGAUCACCCAUUUGCUAUCACUUUUUUCAAUGACUUGGACAACAUUGAGAUUUUACUAUGACCUUAAUUAGUGAAUCUCUCUAAACACAGGUUGCUUUUGAUUGUCAUUUCAAAUUAUGAAGUAUGAACUCUUUAGUUUUCUCUAUGUUAUAGUUUCAAAGUUUUUA